AAACAGUGUGAGAAGGCGAUGACAUUCAUGACACACCUCCCUAAAGACAGCCCUGUUUCAUAUUCCUGAUGUGUAAUAUUUCCUGUUUUCCACAAUGUUGGGACACUGUGAGUGAAAUAUGAGUCGUGAAGGAAGUGCAGCUGAGUUGUUUAGGUCUGUAAGACACGCACUGGACACACACAUGGAGUAAAACAACUUUGAGCUUUUCAACAAAGAAGAUAACCAGAUGGAGAGUGAGGGAAGCUCCAGCUCUCCACCUCCAGUGGAUGUGCACGUAUCUCCUGCAGAUGAGUGUGUCAGCUCCGAGGAGACCCAACAACAGAGUUUGGCUCGAUCAGAUGGGGAUCAGGAUAAGAAUGGCAUCCAGCUGCACACAGCUCUGCCUGAUGGGACCUCUGCCACCCUCAGAGGGACACCCACUCCUUCCAGCACUAAACUAUGUGGCUACCUCAACAAGCAGGGUGGACCUCUCAAAGCCUGGAAGUCCCGCUGGUUUGUCUAUGAGGAGAAGAGCUGUCAGCUGUUUUACUACCACAUGGCACAGGAUAUCAAUCCUCUGGGUAAAGUGGAUCUGUUCUGUGCCACGUUCAGUUACCCGCUGCAGGGAGAGGAGGGAACCUUUCAUAUACAGACACCAGAGCGCACAGUCAUUCUUAAGGCAGCUAACAGGGAUGCCCGAAUGUACUGGUUGCAGCAGCUGCAGUUAAAACGUACAUUAUACAGGGAGCAGCAUGCUGAACAUCUGUCCAUACCCAGUCCAGACAACCACAAAUUGGAAAGCACCCCAUCAGCAAACAACAGCCAUGCUGACUUCUUGCCCAUGGUGAAGACGCCUUCUGGCCUGGUAGGUGAAGAAGCUGCCAGUCUAACCACUCCAGGGUUAAACAGCCCACUCAAUAUGUCAAUCAAGCAUCCACUAAUUGAGCUACAGAACAAAAUGUACAGUUACUGUAACCGGCACUCACAGGAAAUCAGACAAAGUGUUUUCCAUAUUGGUGACCCAACUGACACCCAAAAAACACCCUCAUCUAAGACAUCCACGGUUCCCACACCCGGUUCUUCUCAAAGCCCAGAAUCCCCUGCCAAUGCCAGGUCUGAGCAUGAUCUCCCCACCAUUUCACCAAUCAGAAAGAACACCAAAGAAAAGUCCAAGCCAUUGGAGCUCAAGGACACAUCUCGACUUCAGCAUGAAAAACUGGCUGAAGAGGUUAAUGCGCAGAAGGAGUUGGUGUCACUGCUACAUAAGGUGCUGGAAGCUGCUCAGCUGGAGAAACGCACAUGUGCUCAGUUUCUAGCCGCAGAGGGGGAGCAGGAGCGCCUGGAGCUCCUCAGACACGGCGAAAGGCGUGCGGUAAAACUGCGAGAACAUCUGGAGAACCUGCAGCAAGAAAACGAGAACCUCCGGAGGGAUCUGAACAAGAGGGACGCCAAUAUCGCGGAACUCCAGGAGACUGUCCAGCUCCUGAAACAAACGAAUCAGGCCAAACAGGAAGUGAUACUGAAGCUGUCUGAGAAGUUAGCAGUCUGUGGGGAAGACAAGCAGUGCACAAAUGGGCUGCAGUCAGAGGCCGUAAAACAGCUAACAAUUGAGAAUGAGAAUUUGAAAGAUGAUUUAAAGGCAUAUAAAACUCAGAACCAGUACCUAAACUCUGAGAUCUACCAUCUUACAACGCUUUGGAGAAAAAGUUCUAAACAGGAGCAAAGUCUGAUAGUUAAGUGUGCUGUUCUUGAGGCCAAUAGCUGUCAGAUGGAAAGCAGAUACCUGGGAAUCCUCCAGAAACUCCAGGAGAGUAAGGAAUUGAAUCCGGAGCAGAGGGAAGGAGUCAAAAAGGUGGUUAAGGAUGCAGUUCGGGCAGACCUGAGCACUGCUAUCAAACUAAACUCAAUAAGGGAUUACGAUGAAUAUGGAUUUAAGAUUGCAAUGGACUAUAGAGUCGAGGACCUGAAGCUGUUUGCUAAGAUCCAGGCCUUGGAGAUCCGAUCCCAAAACCUGCUGAACCAGGAGGAAUGCGAUGGGCCAUUUUUGGCUCAUUGUGCUCGGCUCCUGUUUGGACGCCCUGAAGGAGAACUGUCUUCAUCCACAGAAUUGAAGAAUCUUCUCCGCACGGGUUUACCACGCGAGUACCGUGCGAGGGUUUGGCGUUUUAUGAUACAGACUAGGACCAAGUCUCUAAAAGAGCGUCAUCCUGACCGCUAUAAGGAACUAUGCGAGAAGAGCAGAACCUCACCUCACCUGGUGCCCAGACAGAUCCAGCUGGACCUGGAUCGUACGCUGACCUCCAAUCAAUACUUUUCCCCUCCUUCAAGCACCUUGAUUCAGAAGCUAGAGAGAGUUCUGCAGGCAUUCUCAUGGCAAAACCCCACCAUUGGCUACGUCCAGGGACUCAACAGACUGGCGGCCAUUGCUCUGCUGGUACUACAGGAUGAGGAAGAUGCCUUCUGGUGCUUGGUAGUGAUUGUGGACCAUAUCAUGCCUCACAAUUACUACACUAAAGACCUGGUGGGCUGUCAGGCCGACCAGCGUGUGCUAAAGGAUCUCAUGUCUGAGAAGCUGCCUCGACUCACGGCUCAUCUGGAGGCGCUAAAAGUAGACGUGUCCCUCAUCACUGUCGAAUGGUUUCUGGUGUUGUUCGUUGAGAGUCUGCCUACACGCAUACUGUUUAAAGUAUGGGACGCCUUCCUGUAUGAAGGCAUAAAGGUGAUAUUCCGAUAUGCAUUGGCUCUUUUCAAAUACAAAGAGGAAAUCAUCUUAAAGAUCAAUGACAGUACUGAGAUGUUCCAGUAUUUCCGCGUCUUCCCCAGCACCAUCCUAGAUGGAAGGAAGCUGACGAGCAUUGCCUUUAACGAUAUGAACCCACUGCCCAUGAAGCUGCUAAAGAACCGGCGCGCCACACAUCUGGAACGCCUCCAUGCUGAGAUUAAAGAGCUGGAGAACUUACAGAAAGCAUACAAUGAUGAACACGUCCAUUGCAAAGGCAAAGAGCUGGACACCCUGGCUAGCGAAGAUGAAGAGGAGCUAUAAGACAUCAAACAUAUGCUCUUGAUGAAUGUGACACAGCCUUGAAUACUGAAUGAGAAACACUAAAGAAAAAGAACCCAUCAUAAUUUCUUUGAAACGAUACGCAUAUGCAACUACACCACUGUUCAAAAGUGUGGGGCCAGUAAUAUUUUUAAUUAUCGAUUAAUUUGAAAUAAAUUAAUAUUUCAA